ACCUGUGAGGCAGCCACACGCACAGAGAGUGCGCACACACUGAUCAGAGCAUCACACCAAAGCUUUUUCCCCCUUUUUUUUCUCCUAACACCUCCUACUUGGCUGCUUGCUGCAGCAGAGCUGUUACCUAGUUACAAGCCGGAGACUGAGCGACCUGCGCCCGGGCGCUGAUGCGCAUCAGCUAGUCCGGCGGCAGACGGAGGAGCGCAGCGGGCUGGUGGUCGUCUCUGCGGGAUGGGAACCAAACGCGUCCUGGCAGUGACCAGGCGGAGUGUGGCCUCUUCUCUGGCGUCCAUUCCCAGCUAAAAGCCGCAGGCUCAGCAACACCGCGGCGUGGAAAGCGUCUGCGUGAAGAACAGAUGGGUGGGAGCUGAAACAGCAGAAGGACGAAUCAUCAGGAGGAGCACAAACAUGGGUGACGUCUCGCUUGGCGGUGCGGAGAUGACCGGCGAGGCGUGGGAGAACGGCAGCUUGGCGAGCGCUCCGCCCGGCGUCCCGCUGUCUCUGCUCAUGUUCAACGACAGCGAGCGCAACGACACGCUGUUCAACUCCACCAACUCCACCUUUCUGGAAGUUUCCUCAGGUCCCAGCGUGGCCGGAGUCCUCAUCCCGCUCAUUUACAUCAUCGUCUGCGUCAUCGGCCUGGGCGGCAACACUUUGGUGAUUCACAUCGUGCUGCACUACUCGAAGAUCGAGUCGGUGACUAACAUCUACAUCCUGAACCUGGCCAUCGCCGACGAGCUCUUCAUGUUCGGCCUGCCCUUCCUGGCCGUGCAGAACACCCUCCAGUCGUGGCCCUUCGGUUCCUUCAUGUGCCGACUGGUCAUGACGGUCGACUCCAUCAACCAGUUCACCAGCAUCUUUUGCCUGACGGUGAUGAGCGUCGACCGCUACCUGGCUGUGGUGCACCCCAUUCGCUCCUCCAAGUGGCGGCGCCCCCAGGUGGCCAAAGUGGUGAACGGCACCGUGUGGGCGCUGUCCUUUCUCGUCGUGCUGCCCGUGGUGAUCUUCGCCAACAUCCAGAAGGCGGGAGGCACCUGCAACAUCGCCUGGCCCCAGCCGGCGAACAUCUGGAGGGCCGCCUUCAUCAUCUACACCUCCACCGUCGGGUUCUUCUGCCCUCUGCUGAUCAUCUGCCUCUGCUACCUCCUCAUCGUCUUCAAGAUCCGCAGCUCGGGGAAAAAGGUCCACGCCACCUCGACCAAGAGGAGGAAGUCGGAGCGAAAAGUAACGCGAAUGGUGGUGAUUGUGGUUGCGGUCUUUGUUUUCUGUUGGUUGCCUUUUUACGCCCUCAACAUCAUCAACCUGCUGGUGUCGCUGCCCUCCGAGUACCAGGGGCUUUACUACUUCGUCGUCGUGCUCGGGUACGCCAACAGCUGCGCCAAUCCCAUCGUGUACGGCUUCCUGUCGGACAACUUCAAGAGAGGUUUCCGUAAAGCCCUUUGUCGCUCCACCAGGAAGGUGGAGAGCCACGAGCCGGCGGAGCACCCGCUGCAUCCGGACGAGGGAAGGAGGGCCAUGCUGCCGAGGGAGAGCCUGAGGCGGGUCAUCAGAGACGAAGACGACGACGACGAGGACGUCUCCGAAAUGACCGAGAUCUACAGGAUCACCCAGAACGGAAACACCACCUUCCAGCCGCAGAGCUCGCAGACGCCGUUCGCGCAGAAGGGAGCGUCGGCCGGAGAGACGGAGAUGCCGUCCCCCGACAGAAACUGCAGCGGAGAACCCAAAGGGAAGGAACCCGUCAACGGGUCGGCGCUGACCGUCCCGCUGCUCCUUAAUGGAGCUAAAAACGGCAGCAUAAAAACUUUGCCAGAGGAAAACACAGAGCAGAGCGCAUCACUGGAGAUAAGCUAUCUAUAAGUCACUUAAAGUGAAAAUAGUAUGACGCUGAUCAAUGUUCUAGACUGUAUGACUAUAAUCUGUAAAUAUGUGAAUACCUGAAUGGUCUAAUUUGUGCCUUCAUUCACUGUUUGGACGUUCCCUGAUGAUCAGCUCUGGUCUGGUAGAGCUAAACUGCCUUCAACACGUGCAACACGGGAAAAUUCACAAAGAUAUUUGAGUGUAGAAACCAGACUCUACUUCUCAAACUAAAAGCAAAGGAAGAUCUGCAAAAAAAAAAUGAAAUGGAAAAACUGGAACCUGUUGAACUUGGGUGGGAUAUUUGCUUCUUUAAACAUUGGCAAAUUCCAUUAUAUUUGUGAAUUUUCCCCAUUGAUCUCAGAAAUUCUUGAAACACCUUGUUUGUCAGAUUGGUAUUUAGCUUUUUCCAACAAGUUGCAGAAAAGAUAUCAAAAACUAACACAUUUAGCAAGGAUUUUUCUAAAGAAAAUU